AUGAUGUGGUUCACAGAACCAAAGAUGUUAAUAUAUGGGAACAGAAAGACUUCGAAGGGAUGUAUGAUCAGUGAUUGUGUUCGGAGAUCAGAUGCUCACCUCUUCGGAGUUGUUCUUCAUGUUUUGAUUAGAACUUCUGAGUUGAAGUUAAGGAUGUUAGUUUUGAUGCAGGAGGCAAGAAAGACGACGAAUCUCACUGUCCAACACCCAACGUCUACUUCACUUCUCCACCCUUCAUCAGCACCCAGAUGGAUGGGAAUCCCAGUACCGCCCAUUGUUAUGAUCAGUUCCUAUGUGCUAAGAGACCUGUAUAGCUUUUGA